AUGACUGAUUCACAUGGCACUAAUAAUUUUGUUGUACGUCUUCGUGGUUUACCCUGGAGUACUAAAUCAAGUGAAAUACACGAUUUUCUUAAAGGUUGUAAAAUUCGUCAAAUAAAUUUUGUAACCAAUAAUCAAGGUCGAUCAACUGGUGAAUGUUUUGUUGUAUUAGAAUCAAGCGAAGAUGCUGAUAUUGCAAAAAGUUUUAAUUAUAAAAAUCUUAGUACUCGUUAUAUUGAAGUAUUCGGAUCUAAUGCCGACGAAAUGGCUCAAAUGAUAAAAAAUAAUAACAAUAGAAAUAGUCAUCAAAAUAAUGAUACGAAUUCUGCAAAUACAAAUAAUGACAAUUGGCGCGAACCAGUUGUUCGUUUACGUGGUUUACCGUAUAAUUCAUGUAAAGAAGAUGUAAUACGUUUUUUUAAUGAACUCGACAUAGCUGAGAAUGGUGUACACAUUCCUUCAAGAAAACACGCAGGUGAAGCUUUCGUCGCUUUCGUGAACAUGGAUAAUGCUCUACGAGCUUUGGAAUACAACCACAUGAAUAUGGGCCAUCGCUAUAUCGAAAUAUUCAAAUCGACAUAUGCUGAAGCUCAUAUCUCAGUCAUGAAUGAUACACAAUCAUUGACACAGCAACGUGAUAGUGGAUCUAAUCAAAAUUAUGGAAAUCAACAACAAGGAAAUUUAGGUGGUCAUAAUGGAAAUAUGAGUAGAAGCGGUGGUGAUGAUGUUGUUGGAUAUAAUGAUAACAUGAAUCAACACGGUGAUGCAUCACUAGAUAAUUACAAUUCUUAA